AGGUGUGUGAGAGGGGGAGUGAUGUGCACCAGUUGUCCAUCCCAUAUCACACCUUCCAAUCUGCUUCAUUUAGGCACCACCCAAUCACCCUGUGCAAUCCCUCCUACAACAACCUACCUCCCGCUCCCCUCCCCCUCCUCCCCGUUCCCGUCUCGAGUGUUUGUGUUUGACCCCAUGGUCAACAGCACCACCGUCUCCUCCCUGCCGCAACCACCCAAUUGCAUGCAGCUCACUACUCCUCCUCCUGUGACGUCUCCCCUCCUCCCUCAUUUUCCCCUUGGCAGGUGUUCAUGUUGGAUGCCUUGGUUCAUGACAUACCACCGUCUCCUCUCUGCCGCAGCGUAUCCCCCCACCGCUCACCUCCCUGCACGUCCUGUCGGGCUCCCCUCCCUCUCAGGUGUUUGUUUUCAACCCCUUGGUCAGUGACUCCACCGCUUCCUCCCCAAUCCAUCCCAUCCCCGCCGCUCAACUCCUUGCAUGUGUUUGUGUUCGACCCCUUCGUCAACGACACCGCCUUCGCGUCCCUGCUGCAGCCCAUCAAGGGCCUCACUCCCCGCCGCUCCCCCCAGUUCCGCCCCUUCGCCCUGGGCCCCCGCGACGGAGUCGCUCUCUUCCACCCCAUUGCUGCCGGAUCCUCCUUCUCCGCAUCCUCCGCUGCCUCCUCCUCCUCCUCUCAAGAGACCCGGGAGGCAGCGGUGCUGCGCCUGCGCACGUUCAUGUGCAUGCAUUCCCACCGUUGGAUCGACAUCCUACGGCUGGACAUCGCCGGCCUCGAGCUCGAUCUCUGCGAGGAUGCAGCAGCAGGAGGGGGGGGGAACGCCUUCGGCACCAGCGUGGGCGAUCUGACGCGACAUGGCGCCGCGGCAUUGGCUGAGAAAACCCCUGUGGGGCCCACACCAGGAAGCGUGCCGAUUGGGCAAGUGGUGGUGAGGUUUCAUGCUGAGCUGGCGGGGCGGGACGGGGCGAGGAGGAGGCGCAAGUGUGAGGAGACGUUUGCGGCGUGGGGGCUGAAGCGGGUGCAUGCGAUGGGGGAUGGGAGCACGGUACUGUUUGCUCGCACCGAUGCUGCUGCAGCUUUUUAACGCAGAGACACACCUGGCAGCGAUAUGACAUGAAGCUCUUGCUACAGGGCUGACGUUAAAAAAAAAACCACCAUGAGCUGUCGACUACAAUUUUUUUUUUACCCUAAGGGCUCUGUUUUGGAAAAAUCCCUACCCUGAUCUGUCAGUGUUCAGGAAUCCGAAACCCUGAAAAUCCCAGGGUUCACAGAACACAAUCAGGGUCGAAUUCAAGACCAGUCGAGAAUUUCCUGAAAUUCGAAUUCCCACCAAACACUUCAAAUCAGGCCCCCAGU